AAAUGGGCAGCUUCAGUUUUAGAAGCCUAGGUCAUCCCGGGCUGACCCAAGUGGCAGAUCCAGCAUAGGCCUAGGGCCCAAGCCUGGGAUUCCUGCCCCCGCUGGGUGGUCCUCACUGCUUGGAGCCAUGGCUCCCAUCUUCCUGCUGCUGCUGCUGUGGCUCCAGGGCCCCAUCUCAGGUGACCCUGUUGGGAGUGUGUACUCCAAAGUGCAGCACUUUGAAGGGGAGACUCUGUCCGUGCAGUGCUCCUACAAGAACCGCAAAAACCACGUAGAGGGCAAGGUUUGGUGCAAAAUCAGGAGGAGGAAGUGUGAGACUGGGUUCACCCGCAUCUGGGUGCAGGGGCCACGCUACUUGCUGCAGGACGAUACCCAGGCCAAGGUGGUCAACAUCACCAUGGCGGCCCUGAGGCGCCAGGACUCGGGCCGGUACUGGUGCAUGCGCAACAGCUCCGGCAUCCUCUACCCUCUGAUGGGCUUCCUGCUGGAAGUGUCUCCAGCAUCCACAACCAAGAGAGACACUCCUCUUCCGGAGGUGGCCAGCAUCCUGAAGAGUGGCAUUGUCGUUACAACAGGCCCUGCCCCCGCUGUGGGCCCUCAGGCCCCUUUCACCACCAGUCCGAUGCUCUUCGCACCUGGGCUCCUCACCUUGGCCAGACCCUUGCCCUCUCCGGCCUCAGGGACCAUCAGACUGACCUCCGUGGCAGGUUACAGCUUCACCGACGCCAGCCCCUCCACUGAAGGGUCCAGGAGGACCAUGGGGCCCCAGACAGUGACUGCAUUUCCCAGCAAUGCCAGAGCCUCCUCUGCUGGCCCAGCUUCCACCCCGACCAAGGCUGGCCACCUGUGCACCAGAUCGCCUACCACCAGCAGAUCUCUCCUCAACCAAUUAUCCCCUAGCAGGCACCAGGAUUCUUAUCUCAUUGUGUUUGUUGGGGUGCUGGCCUUGCUCCCAGUGCCUGUGAUGCUGAUCGUGGUCUAUGGGCUCUGGAAGAAGAGACACAUGGGAAGCUACAGCAUGUGCCAUGAUCCUGCCAGACCCUGGAGGGACCCAUCUACAAGUCUGGAGCCUCCGUGGAAGGCUGCUUGGUCUGAAGCCACUUAACUGGGGUCAGGGGGAGUUUCUCCCAGAGGGGUUCUGGGAGGCCAGCGGAGGAGUGAAGAUGGGGAUCUGUCUGGAUUGGAGCCAGGAUGGGGUGAGGACUGUGCAACACUGGACUCAGGCCUUCACAGAACUAGAGACUGCACUGCACCUGCUCAGUUCCCCUGGGCUGCUAGGAACCUGGCGGGAGGGUGAAGGGAGAGAAGGAGGCUGAGCAGAGGGUACCAGGCAGGAAGUCCCAGGGAAGGCACCGAGGGAAUUCUGCCCAGAGCCACAGACCCCUGGGCCCCAGCUGGAUGGCAGAGAAGCCCUGAUGGUGCUGUUUGCAGACAGAGAACCUCAGACCCCGUUGGCCUUGGAAUACUUUACUAGCAAGCUGACACGGGGAGGGCUGCCCUCUUCCCGCCCAGGCCCUGCCCUCAGUUUCCCUCUGCUCUCCUCAAGCUUCCCCAUGCCCUCGGGGGAAGAAAAACUCCUAGAAGCAGCCCAUGUUCCAAGCGCCCCAUCCUGGAGGAGAGGAAGGGACGGUGACUAAGAGCUGGGGGUCCACAGAGGCGUUGGGGACCCCAGAGCUGUCCAAGCCCCCCACCCCGGGCCAUGUGUUCUCUACAGGGCCUCUGGAUGUGCCUGUCUGACAGCACUGCUUGUCCCUCGUCUUGGGAGCCAGCAGACCCCAUAUUCCCACUGCUGCUGCCUGCUGGCGCCCCCUCCAGGGAAAGCGGAGACCUGCCAGCUGAGCCCUCCAGCUGCAGGACCAGCCUGUCCCCAGACUGGUGUCCCCAGACUGGCAUGCAGAGGCUGACCAGGGCUAUCUCCCCCAGUUUCCACACUGGGGCUCUGGUUCUGGGCUCCUGGAGUGGAUGGAGGGCCCUCCAGAGACCACUGGAGGGGAGACCAUGGCUUAAAAAAGGGGGGAUCACCUCCCUGUGGGGGCUUAUUGUCCCCUGGGAAGAGAGGACCCCCCUGUGAUACAGCAAAGACAGCUCAGAGCCGAGCACAGCCUGGAAGACUGCCGGGGCAGGGAGGACAGAGUCAAGGAGCCUGGGCGAGGAGGCCCAUUGCCAGAGGAAUCUGCCCCUCCUCACAGCUCUCGGCUCAGACUCUGCCUCUUCUGCAGUGAAGGCUGAAGAAAAUGGACUGAUUUCUCCCCUGGAAAGAGGGGUCUACCAGCCUGGAACCACUGGAAUGAGAGCCUGGGGGUAGCCGUGGCCACUCAACUCUUACCUCUGAGUCAGAGCCCUACCAGAUGGGAGAGCAAACAUCAUGGUCAGGAGAGUGACACAGUCAGGGCCUUGAUAGGCAGCGAGGCGGCUGGGGCCACUCCAGGGUGGAACUAGGGAGAGAGGAAGGGGCAGGGGGCAAUCCUGGGGGGCAGCAGGGAGGCGGCACUUUUUCCCUAUAUCCAGGAGGGGGCACUAGAGGGCAGACUGAGGAACUGACAGGCCUGGUGCCAGGACACACAUACACACAAACGCACACAUACACAAGAUAAUAACCAUCCUCCCUAUCAGGAGGGUGUGGCCAUCACCCGAUGUGUAAACAGGAGGUGGUUUAUUCUCCACUCAAACCACACGCUGCCCCAGGUGACAGCAGGAUGUCGGUGGGAGAGCACUGCAGAGGCUCAGGACUGGGACCCAGUGUUGCCACCUGUCCCUGUGGGGCCCUGUGCAAGUUACUAACCCUAUCGGGCCUCAUUUUUCCUCUCUUGUGAAAGGGGACCCUAAUUCCUACUCAGGACUGUUUUCAAGAUAAAAUGAAGUAACACAAACCUUACACAAACGAGUAAAUGCCUCGUAAUGCCUGGCCCUCGCGUUCUUUUUCCAGGUCUAAUGCUUGUCACAGUCUAUUUUUAAGACUGUCAGACCCUAUUUCUCUAUUUUGUCCUCGUUUGAAAGGGGCCAGGGAGGGUGGAGGGGAACAUGAUUAGGCCCCAGGAGAUGGGUGCUGGACUCGGAGGCCUUUGUCCUCUAAUGUUACAAAGGGUAGCUGUUAGGGGCACCGACUAUCCCUGUUUGCCCAGGAUGAUGGGGCUUCUGGGACCAGGCAGACCUCUCACCCAUGGAGCCUGUCCCCACGUGAACCCGUGGUAAGGAGGGACACAGAGCCCUAAGAAGGAGGUGCAGACCCCAUGCCCCAGCUCCCCAGCUCUUAUGGGCUUGGGCGGCCUCUUUGGACCUCCGGGCCCCCAGGACAUUUUCCCCACACCCCAGCUUCUCAAUUCCUCCUUCCUGCUCUUAC